CAUUUCUCGUCCUUGCGUGUCCCUGACAAAACUAAUACGGGGCUGAUCUGGACAUUUUCUACGCUUGCACAAUCUCGACUGCGUGUGCCUGCGCCUCUGUCUUGGGAAUAACUACAUUCGUUUCAUGUUACGCAUGUUCUAAUCACCUCUCUCUGUCGGCAUCACCUUCGGACUGCCGACCCGACCAACAGUUAGUCUCUAGUUGACCUGAGUAUAGGAGUCGCCAUACAAGCGAAAGGCACACAGUUUAUCGAUAUUGAAUAUUUAGAAGCCCAAUAAUACUCGCUGCCACCGAUUGCCCUCCCUUUCUCUCGAUUCUCCGACCGGUGAACCGCCACCAGACGCUCCUCUUGACUCCCACGAUGUCGAUCUCGAAAGACGGUAUUUUCGCACGGCCUGCCACGCGGCAGAGGAAAAGAUUCCGCCUCAUAGUCUUGUUUGUCGUCGUCGCUGGAUUCUUUCUAUUUUCCUACAACUUCAGCAACCGAGGAGGGCAGUUCAUUCCGUCCAUUUCCAGCUACACAGGGUCAACUCCUGGGUCACCGCCGUGUGGCGUGGACCCUGCUUUUGUGAGCAACUAUGAGCUGCGCGGUGAUGCUAAAUAUAUCCGACGCGAAAUCCAUGCCAAAUUCACCAGGAGAGAUGUGCCAAUUUCCAUCCCGAUGGACGUGAAUUUAUUCGAUGCUCAACCUCGCAGUUUCAGGGCCGAGAUUGCACCCUCCACUACUUGUCCCCCAGUGAUCACCGUCGAGGUCCCCCAACCUUUACCAUCCGUCGACGCCUCGCAUAUCGAUUUCGCCAUUUCCACGACGAUGGAGCGAUUGAUGGACUCCAUGGAUGCCUUCUCGGUCUGGGCUAGCAAUACCAACACCCGUUUCUUGACCUUCAUUGAACCGGGGGUUGACCAGCGACAAGCCCAGCGCAAAGCACAGUCUUUGGGUCUCAAUAUUGAGUUGUUUGAAUCGGAUGUUGACUACGAGAAUCGCUACUCGUUGCUUGUCAAACUUCUUGCCGACAAUGCCCGUCCUGAGACCAAGUGGUCUUGCAUCAUGGACGAUGAUACCUUCUACCUUUCUAUGGCACGACUGGCCAACAUGUUGAGCCAGUACGAUGAAACCAAACCCCACUACAUCGGCACCGUUACCGAAAGUGAUGCCCAACUGUCCAUGUUCGGUAUCUUUGCUUACGGCGGCGCUGGUAUGUUUUUCUCGCGGCCUCUAUUGAACGAACUCGGUGCGAUUUGGGACGAGUGCGAUGCCGGAACGGAUCACGGAGACGGGAAGAUCGCCCACUGCGUUUACCAGUAUACACGAACCAAAAUGGAAAUGGCCGAAGGCUUGCAUCAGCUGGAUCUCAUGAAUGACGCUUCUGGAUGGUUCGAAGCUGCUCGCAUGGUACCCGUGUCGCUUCACCACUGGAAGUCCUGGUUCCAGGCCGACAUGGUCAAGUUGUCAGCUGUCCGCGAGAUAUGUGGCACAGACUGCGUGCUUCGGCAGUGGAAAUUCGCCGACGGCUGGAUUCUCACAAACGGAUACUCUGUUAUUCACCACGGCGCUAGCGUCUCCGAGGAGGAAGGUGCAUUCGCAAUGGAAAGGACAUGGGAUGAUCUGAACGGGUCAACCGAUGAAUCCUUUGUCCGAACCCUUGGCCCUCUGCGACCUAAGGAAGAAGACAAGAUCUCCUAUCGUCUGGAAGACGUCAUUAUCGAGGGUGGUCAAGUCCGACAAAUCUAUAUCCGCCGUAAUGAACAACAAGGCGACGAGCUCUUGGAGCUCGUCUGGCGCCUGGCUUGA